AUGCGACGCUCUACUAACAACGCUGAAAGAGGCAUUCUGUCCACAGCUCAAGAUGUCCGCGGCCUUGUUGUUGAGCUAGCCGGCUUUCAAGUCAGCUUAAUAGACCACGCCAAAGAUGUACCUAACGACUUAGCGGGCUUUGACUCUUUACCUCAAGGGAACAUCAACAGACGAGCUUUGUUGAUGAGAGAUAAGGAGGGACGCUGGUACUUGGUGGAUCAUCGCGAUACACAGGCGCACCGUGGCAUUUUAGUCACAGAGUUGGCCACACUACGGUCACAAGGUGACGAGCUCGUGUGUGUAGAGACAGCAUCUCAUGUGAAGUUCGGCCACCUGUCCACGGAAUUGAAUCUACUCUGUCAAGCGGCCUACGACCUUGCACAAGAAUUGGCAGCAUCGGAUGCUGCCCGUCGCUUGCAAGACUUUACAUCUUCUCAAAACGAUAUGGAUCAUCUGUCGUAUCAAGACGCCUUUAAGGCUUUCAACCUCGAGCUGCAACGUCUUUCAUCAAGUUCUACAGGCAGGGAAUUACUUAUAGCCAAUGGCAACAAUGUUGAUGAGAGAGGUUUCGCGAGAGUUCGUGAGUAUGCAGAGCGUAUAUGGAGGGGUCUAUAUCUUCAGAUGGAUCGUUUUGUACCCAACAGUCAGAAAUGGUGUGUGGACUAA